AGCAGGCAGUGGCACAGUGGCACACCGCGCUGAAUAGACGCUUAGUCAUCCAUCAACUGGAAUCAUGAAUCCCCUAAAUAUUUUGAACCGCGGUGCCUCCAUCCUGGCCCUGGUCUGCGUGGUGUCCGCAGCGCCGCAAGGAUACGGUGCCGGAGGCGACGGCGGACUGGGAGUCGAUCUCGGCGGCGCAGGAGGCCACGGUGGUGCAGGAGGCCACGGCGGCAGCGGCGUUGGAGGCGGCAGUGUGCUUCCUGGCGUCCUGGUCGGCAGCGGUGUGCUUCCUGAAAGUGCCAUUGGCGGUGUAGGUGGGUGUUUGGAGGUGGUGGUGCUGGAGGUGUCAUUGGAGGAGAAUACAGCGCACCAAGUGCUGGUGCUGUUGGAGGCAUCGAUGCCGGUGUUGGUGGAGGAUUCGAUGGUGGUGUUGCUGGAGGCGCUGCUGGUGUUGCCAUCGGCGAGGAAUACACAGCCCCGGCUGUAGUCCCUGAAGUCUCUCCCAUCAGCCCCCCAGGAAGCGAAUAUGCUGCACCUCACUAAAUUUAUUGGAGUAGAUAAUAAAGAAUACUAAAUAUA